AUGAAACCUCUUAGUGAUUCUUUGUUCGAAGGAUUUGAUUGGGUUUUUCAACAUGAUUCCACCCCAGGCCACAAAGCAACAACAACACAAGAGUGGCUUGAAAACAAUGUUUCGAAUUUUAUAAAGGCAUCUGACUGGCCCUCUGUAAGCCCAGAUUUGAACCUGUUUGAUUAUGGGUUAUGGAGCAUUUUAAAGGAGAGACCUUUGGAUUUAUUAGCUGCUGCCAAAUUAAAUGAUGAGGCAAUCAAUGAAGAACAGCCAGUCCAUGGAAAUAAAAUGUCUAAAAAAAACAAAAAAAAGAACAAAAAACAAGAUUUGGAAGAUGAAUCAGAAGCAAAUACUUUGAAAGCUGAUCAAGAAAAUGAAAAAUUAAAUGAAGAAGAGCCACUUAAUCGUGGAAAUAAAGUUUCAAAAAAAAAAUAAAAAAAA